AGAGCACCGCGGCGUCGUGUUGGGGCUGGGGCAGAGGUGAAAGGUCAGGGGUUCCGGCGGGGGAAGGAAGAUGGUGGCGCCGGCAGCGGCAGGGCUCCGCGUGGUGCGAUGCGGCGGCAGCAGCCUCCACGGCGCCCGGGCCGUCUUCUCCGCCGAUUCCAAGUACCUGCUCUGCGCCUCCGGCGACUUCGUGAAGAUGUACAGCGUGGCCACCGAGGAGACGCUGCGGGUGAUGGGGGGCCACGCCGACCUGGUGACGGGCAUCCAGCUCAACCCCCACAACCACAUGCAGCUAUAUUCUUCCUCUCUUGAUGGCACCAUUAAGCUGUGGGACUUCAUGGAUGGGAUUCCCAUUAAAACUUUCACUGUAGGAUCCAAACUUCUGGCACUGUACGCACUUGCUAGUUCUGAGGACUCGGUGUUCGUUGUAAUUCCAAAGAGUGGUGAAAGAGAUACAUUCCAGCUGGUCUCAGUUAAGCUGACAAAAGCAGCAGGCCAAGAUUUGGAAGCCAAGGAAGUGUCAGUGGUUUUAGACCGUGUGGACGCGUCACCAAAGUCUAUUGCAUUUGGAAGAGAGGGUGAAUAUGUGGCAUCAGUGAAGGAGGUUAAUCUCCAAGUUUAUUUUUUUAAACAGAAACAGCUGAACAGGUUUUCUGUAAGUGCAGUGAAGACAAAAAGUGGAAAUAAUCAGUUCACUUGCAUAGCAUGUCAUCCUACGGAGGAUUGUAUUGCAACUGGCCAUGCUGAUGGAAAGAUUCGCGUCUGGAGGAAUUUCUACCACAAGAAAGAGUACACAUAUUCCACACUGCACUGGCAUCAUGACACCGUCAUGGAUCUAGCUUUUUCUAUGGAGGGAACCAGCUUGCUGAGUGGUGGAGUUGAAUCUGUUCUAGUUCUGUGGCACAAUCAAUCAGACUGUCAGAAGGAUUUCCUUCCUCGUUUGGGAUCUCCUAUUGAGUACAUUUCCAUGGCAUCUGAUGGCACGCUCUGUUGCACCUUGCAUACAGACAACAGAAUUACAAUAAUCAACAGCAACCUAAGAUUUGCCAAAAGUAUUCAAGGGCUUAUCAAAAGUGCAGAUGUCAAGACUGGUCUAGUGGUUGAUCCUAGAACCAAAGCUUUGGUCCUGAAUGGAGAGCCUGGCCACUUACAGUUCUAUUGUCUCCAAAGUGACCAACAGCUGUUCAGUUUGGAUAUUGUGCAACGACAAUACAUUCAUCAGGCAGGUUUAAACCAAGCCGACUUGGUAAAAGUCGCAUUCAGUGCGCAAGGCAAGUGGUUAGCAACAGUAGAAGAGAGAGAAGAAGUAACUGACCCUGAGUUACAGUUGAAGCUGUGGUUCUACGAUGAAGAAACACAAAGCUUUAAGCUGAAUACUAGAAUAAAUAUGCCCCAUGAGGACCAGAUAACAGACAUGUGCUUUCGUGAUAUGGAUGAAUUGGAAGAUGACUCUCUGAUAUUGGUAACAACUGGCAGAGAUUGUGUGUUUAAAGUCUGGGUGAUGGUAGAAGAUACUGAUCCAGAGGCACAGCAAAGUGUGAGCUGGAGCUGUGACUUCGUAGGCAGCUACCACAACUACCAAGCUACUAACUGCUGUUUCUCAGAAGAUGGCUCUUUGCUUGCUGUUAGCUUUGAAGAAACUGUCACUGUGUGGGAUUCAGUUACUUGGGAUCUCAAGUGUACAUUUUGCCAUCCACCUGGAAAAAUAAGGAACAUCUGCUUUGGGAGACUAACAUGUUCCAAGUACCUUAUUGGUGCCAGUGAUGAUGGCUUUCUGUGUUGCUGGAACCUGCUCAGUUGUGCAUUGGAAUGGAGUGCCCACCUCAACGUCUUAGUCCUGCAGCCUGAUCCCCUUUCAGAACAUAUUGCUGCUGUCUCAUGGCUCUCGAAAGAGUCCAGUUUGUUUGUGUUUAAACCAAAUGAGCCACGGCCAAUCUAUAUCCAGAGAAACCUUUGUAGAGAAAAGAUCCAGCUUGCUGCCUUUGUUCCAAGAGAUGAACCUGAAACAAUUGGCUCCGAAAAAUACCUUUGGCUAAGAAGAUCCCAACUAUUUUUUCUUACGGAUACGCAAGAGCUAAUGACGCUCAGCACAAAGUCUCUACAAGAAAGGCUUACACCGGCAAGCAAACAGCUGGCAGUAGAAGAAAGUCUUCCUGUGACCCCAUUUAGCUUGCUAUUGGGAAAGCACAGACGUCAGCAAUCACAAGAGGAUAUAGACCUUGGAAAACUAUUUGUUCGUAAUAAGCGUGAGCAAGAUUCACCUGCUGUCAAAGAGCUUUUGCACACUCCAGCACAUGUUUUGCCAUCUGCUUCCUUCCUCUGUCCUAUAUUUAUUAAUUCAUUGCUCAUCUCCAAAGAGAACAAAAGUGCUGAAGAAGUUGCUGAUGAAGUAGAAAUGGAAAGUGAAAAAACAGAGGAUGAUUCAGAUGAGGAAAGAGAUGUUACUGAAAUGGAACAAGAAGAUACAAGUCCGCUGGAGUUAUUAGGAGAGACAACAUGUAAACUGUCUAAAUCCCAGGAAAAAGAGCUACGAAAAAUAAGAAAAAUGGACUACAGUUGGAUAUCAGCUUUCUAAACAGACAUCUUGUGGGUUUUAUACUGUAAACUGAAGCUUUGUGGAUUAAAUAUUCUUCAAAAAAAUCUUCCAACUCCUUCGGCCAUAAAUUUUAGCAGUUUCUGUUUCCGUAAGAAAGGAGAACUGGGGGGAGGGAUUAAAGUUUUGAAAAGCUGGUUCUGCUUCUAGUUUAUUACUGAGUCUCUGCGACCUUAGAAAACAUUUAACCUGUGGGGUUUUUUUCCCCCUUGCAAAUGUCUUUAAAAGGCUAAUAGCAAAACCGAGUUCAUUAUCGGACUUGUGAUCUGUUAGCGAAGUGACAGCUAGGCUGCUGCAAGUCUCCCCCGCUGAGCCGCACUGUUCGAGCAGUAGCCCAAACAGCUUCAGUUAAUGAGACUACUUAAUUCAAGAGCUGGUAGGAGAAAUCAGGAUAGUUCUUAGCAGUGCUGUAUACAGGUAAGUAACAAGUCUCCUCUUCAGAAGUUCCUCUCUAACCGUUGAGACAGAUGACAAAUGAUUUACUACACCUGAUUCUAGAAUACAGACACCCAACAUGUUUGCUGCUCUUCAGAGAGUAGGGAGAUUCUUAGGCGUAGGGUACUUACGUGCAUCAGAGUAUAAUGAAAAUGGCACCAUGGGGAAGGAGAGGUGUCUGUUUUCCUGACAGCCAGCUCAGCAGGCCUCUCCUGCAUCAGCUACGCUUUCUAUGUGUCGCUGAACUGGGUAGCUGUGAGUGUAUAGUUAAUUUGGAGACCUAAAAGUGACUACAGUCUCCUACAGUGUUACAGUGUGAAGGUAAGAUGAUGAAAAUUGCACGGGUACUAAACGCUCAUUACUAUAGAAAAGUGGGAAAACUAAUGCACUUUUUUUUUGUUCUGUAAAUUGACAAUCGUAUGGGUGUCAAUACAUGAACAUGGGGGAAUAUAAACACACUUCAAUAGACUUUGCUUUGCAUAAAGAGCCUGACUUAGAAUUUGUUUCACGCCACUUAGAGUGAACUGUUCAAUGACAGCACAUUACACCGUCUUUGUAUUUUCUUUUAAUCAGACAUGAAUAUGAAAAAUACAAAAUUGGUUACAGUUUAAACUGGCCAGGGUUCACUUAGUUACUUGACAGCAAAGGGCUUCCGCAGCUCCUCAUGCGAUAAAGUUACAUCCCGUAGAUCUUCAGACUAUUUAUUGCUUGGGACUGCGAGGGACAACAUUUUCUUCUGUCAUAGAUUACUUACAUAGGACUAUAAGAAAUGUUUCUCAUGUUUUAGGCAUUUUGGUUUGUUUUUUAUAGGCCUUGGUAUGACAGAAAAAUAAUGUAUUUUAAAACCCACGAAGGUUUUUUUCAAAAUUUGUUUGCCUGAAAGUUCAUGUAUAUUUUUUAUUUCCAUCUUGCAAACUUGCAGAGAAAAGAGGAGGAAAAACACAAUGACACUGUCCUAACUACAGCCAGUUUUCUGUUUUUGUAUUUUCUCCCUUUUUAUAACAGCUGUUUAGAUAACCUUCUGGUAUACGUAGAGAAAUCGCAGCUCCCCAAAUAUUAUGCAACUUUUAUUUCCAUCCCUCUUAUUUACAGAUUUAGAACUGACACGGCCUUUUCAGCCCUUGGACCUGAUGGAUUUUUCCCUAAAUGAAAAGUUUCAACAGAACAAAUAGGGAAAAACAUGUUAAGACUGUAACUGACAAAUGCCACGUUCUGAAAACUCAGAGGUUUUAAGAAAUAGAAAGUACAAGGAAAAAAAAAAAUAAUAUCAAGAUUUCUCCCCCUCUCCCCUGCCCACCCAAACAACGCCUGCACUAUACUAAGACAAGACACACUGAAAGGGGUUUGUCUUGUUUCUUAAAUAACAUCAGACUUCAGCUCUGUGAGAAAACAAGAGCAAGCUGAGUAGAGAGACCUGUACGCGUGUUGUUCCAGAAGUGCUGCUGCACCAAAGCCUGCUCUUGUCUUACUGGGGCAGCAACACUCCCGUGCAGCUUUAAGGUAAGAAGGAAAUCUCAGCGCUUGUUAAGUGUGGGAAUUUUUAAACCUCCCACGUUCUUGUGAAAGUGCAGUGCCUUACUGGAAAAUAACCCGGUACAAACAAGAGACAAUUCAGGCGCAAUUCAGCAGCUAUUCAGCAUAAUUAAAAAAAAAAAAGAUAGGCGAGGCCUUACGAAGCGAUUUGACUGAGCUGCUGCUUCCUUGUGACACUGCUCUAAAUGCAGUGGGGAGGUGGCCAGUAAUUUUAACCCUCUGGUUCCAGUCAAGCUUAGUUCCACAGAGACUGAAAAUCACGGCUGCGCGCCCCUAUUUUGUGAGCCCAGACUGGUUGCUAGUAAACAGCAGCUCCAAAACACACCGUGGCCCGUGGUGUGCAGGCUUGGCCAGAAAGCUACGCGAAGGGCUAGUAUUACUAAACACUGGCAGCUGUAUUUUCUCAGUUGGUGAAGAAUAGGGAAAAAAACGAGAACUGUGAGUUGUGCAGGCUGCUUUAGCAUCACCCGGAUCUUUGUAUUUCACGUGUAUUUCCCCCUAACAAUCAUUUGGCUGUCUGACCUCGGGGGAGCCUCUUUCAGGUACCCUGAUCUGCCAAAUCCCAGUGUGCAACGAGCCCUUUAAAGCACGCGGUAACAGCCAGAAUUAGAACCAGCGGAGAACAGCACAGAGGCAAACACCAACAACUUGAAACAUAACUCGGGGGACUUCAUCAGACCUUCUAGUCCACCCUCCUGCCCUGAAGCAGAGUAACCGAGGUAUACUUAUUCCUGACAGAUGUUUGUCUAAUUUUGUAAGCCUCUGAUAAAAGUUAUGCUAAGAUCUAAGUAAUCUAUUCAAUGCUUACUGAUUCUGGUGGUCACUGUUUUUCCUAAUAAAAUAAAUCUUUCUUUCUUGCAAAAUGUCUAUUCUAUUCUUCCAUGUUUGUUGUACACUUCUUUGAUAAUAAUCUUUAAAAAAUAAAUGAAAGCAUGCUACUCUGUUUCCUUUAAACACAAAAUCAUCUCCUUUAACCUUUCAUUUUUGCUUUUCUGUAGGCCCUUAGAAGCAUCAGAACUAUCCUCCAGACCUUCUUUGGGCUAAUUGCUUACAGGUCAAAUAUUGUUGUGACUAAUGUAUUAUAAUUCCAAGGGCAAAUUUUGUCAGGGUCAUUUAAUACUGAUAAAUGUUUCUGGAUAAUCCUAAAGCCUGUUCUUUUUCUGCUCUGGCGUAUAUCCUGGGUUGAUUAUCUUUGGCAUCUGCCACGGUCUUUUUUGGUGACGGCAGAAGCAAAGGCAGCAAUUUAUACCUCGGCCAGCAAACAUCGCUUCAGAUGCUGAAUCUCCGCAGGGCAGCAUUCUGCACGGAUACCCCAGUUCGGAUUGAACGGCGCAGGCAUUAGUUUUGGCCUCUGCACAGCAUUUCUUCAGGGAGUUAAGUACUAGAUUAUAAUUAUGUAAACUGGAAUUUAGCCAGGGCAGCAGGGUCACUCACCUCUAAGGUUGCAAAAGACAUUUAAAUAAUACUCUGAACAGCUCAGGAUUUUAACUACUUUACUAACGUAGCACGUAAAGGGGAGAACUUGUCACAACAGAGUAUCUUCAGGAAUCGUCAAUGAAAUUUGUGUUACCGUAAAGCAGCUUAGCAUGAAAUCCUGACUCUUCAGAAAUCACUGACAAAGCACCCUUUGACUUCAUAGUCCAGUGUCACGGAGACGCAUAGCCAACAAGAUAAAAGUACUAAAUCUUAAAACACCGCUAUAAACAGCGCUCUGAGUUUGAUUCGAAAGUGAAUGUAGUCCACGUUGCUCAUGAAGAAGUUCUUAAUAUUGUUCAUAAUACAGCGAGUGAAGCCCUUUAGGCAAAUAACAUAACGUGGCUGGGGGGGAGGGUUACCGCACAGCUCUGGGAACGUGCACAUCAGCAGGUUCUGAGGUUGCAGGUUUCUC